AUGCUCCUGAAACAGCACUUGAACAUAUUCUAUCAUCGAUUUCCUCAUCAAGUCAGUGCGACAUGUUUAGCCAUUAUCAUCUUGUUCAUCGCGCCUUCAAUAUACGUAUACUUCGAAUCUCCGAAUCCAAUUUUAAAUAAAUAUUUUAAAAAAGGCGAGCCAUGCGAUAUCCCGCCACUCACACAUUGGCUCAUACUAUCGAAUCCUAUUCAACUCCAGCAAUAUCUCACCGCUCCCCAACCAAAUGUUUCUGUCAUUCUUACCGGUGAUCAUCCACGCGUCAACCCGCCUCCCAACAACCUCACCAUCAUUUUUCUCAACUCAAAACUUCUCGCCACACUCUCAUUUCGAACAACAAACAUCAACACCAUUGCCUACCUUCUUGCUAUCAAACAUGGCGCUCGUGUCAUCUAUCAGCUCCAUCCUGACACUCAUCUAUCGCAUCUUCGACUGCGCCACUAUCAAUCGCAAGACAUCCACCAUGUUGCAUUUCGUCGACAGCGAUCACCGUUCGUCAACAUUCUGCCGACGUUCACAGCGGACUUCAACUCUUCGCUGCCAGGUCUCCCACAACAAGAACUCAUCAACAUUACCCAAGACGGAUGGUCCUCCAUCAGAAAGCUGCUUCCCUACGGAGAGACCAUCCGCCCACUCAUUCAACAGCAUAUUCCGACACCACUUGCAACUGGUAGUACUGGCUCAUCGUUUGUUGAUCAUCCAGCAGUGGCUGUCGAACCGAUGACAUUUGCACCGUUCACAUCAACGAAUGUGCUCUUCACUUAUGAUGCUUUCUGGGCAUUGCCUCUACCAGAGACAUACUCACAUAUCUGGCGAAGUUGGUGGGUGCAAAGAUUGUUGUGGGAUGUUGGCGGCCACUUGGUGUUUCAUUCGUCUGCCGUGAGUCGGAUGAACUCGGUGUUGCCAGUAAACUAUGGGCAGACAGUGCAAGAAGAUGAAAAGACAAGUAAACUAGUUCGAUAUCUGAGCGAAUGGACAUCAUCAAAGGCAACACUAGUGGAACGAAUACGGGAUCUGAUGGCGGACAUGGUGAAACAUAAAUUUUGCGAAGUACGUGAGAUGCGUAUAAUAGAAAAUUGGGUUGAAGACUUAGCAAAAGUGAAAUAUGUUUAUCCAACUAUCAAAACAAUCACACCAUCAAAGGACUCGCAACAACCACGUCGUCGGCGAACAGCUGUUUGUUUGACAGGACUGAUCGAAUGUGUGGAAGAAGCAUGGAGGAAAACAAGUGAUGCAAUUCAAUCGCAUCUCAAUGGUGAAAUAGACGUGUUCAUGUACUUGUCAUCAACAGAACCUAUUAUUGCACAGUUACCAACAGUUCCACUACGUACUCGCUUGAUCGAAGCACUUCGAUACUCCAACUUCACAGUUAAGGUACUGUUUGAGAACAUCCCAAAGCUGGAUCCGCAGUUUCCACCGAAGUGUACGACAGAUGCAAAUGUGGACCAGCCUUCUUUCAAGGUACCUCGUUACUAUCAACAGCUGUUUGGGCUGAGUAACUGUUUUAGUAUGGUUCGUGACUAUGAGAAGAAAUACAAUGUCAAGUAUGAUCUAAUGGUACGGACGCGAGCUGACAUAGAAUUUCUAAAGAUACCGUCCACAUUUGAACGAUCGUCACCCUUUGAUAUUAAUGACACGUUAAUUCUACCGCCUAAUCGCUUCAGUUCGAAAGUGGACGACGGCUUUGCAAUCGGUCCAAUCGAUUCCGUUGAAGUUUACAUGAAUCGAUACUAUUCGUUUCGACAAUGUAUAACACGCGAUCUACAUCCAGAACGUUAUUUAUAUUUCUAUCUAAAUCAUCGGAAAGUAAAAAUGACGAUUGAUCAUGGUACCGUCGUAGCACACAUUCCUCAUUCGCCGAAUCGUUGCCACUGA